CUUCCACCCACUAACAAUUUUAAAACAACAGUCCACAAUUGUAUGUGAUUUAUGAAUGAAACAUUUUGUCUCUUUGGUAUUUAUGAUUAUUCAUCAUCGAUGAAUAUGUCACAUUGACAUUUUUAGGUUUUAUAUGAAUUUCAGUAUAUUAAAGAAAAAAUUACUAAAAAUUCAAAGUAAUGCUUGGUUCUGAGUGAAAGAAAGUUUCAACGCAUGUUUUAAUGUAAAAUGGUCAAAAUCCUUUUUUUAUUACAGGACUGAAAAGAAACAGCAAUCAUGGAAGAAAUCAAACAGAAUCAGGUGAUAAGAAAAACUCAUCCCUUACAAAGAACAAAUAUAUUUUCUCAAAUAUUCUUUUGCUGGUUUCCCGGUUACCUUUCGAAAGGACUAAAACGCAACUUAACCGAAGAUGACAUGUACCAAACCGCGAAUUCCCAAAAAUCCGAUUUUCUAGGCACGAAAUUACAAGAAGCGUGGGACAAAGAACUGAAAAAAUCCAAUCCAUCUCUAUUGAGAGCGAUAUUUCUAUUAUUCAAAUAUGAAAUUUUAUUUUUCGGAGUAUACAACUCAUUUACUGAUUUCGUUAAGAUAGCUCAACCAAUGUUGAUCUCAAGGCUAGUUUCGUUUUUCGAAAUGAAACCCGAAGAAGUAAACCAAACUGACGUAUAUGUAAGCGCAUUCCUCAUAGUUUUAGCAUCUUUGACUCAAGUUACCUCCGUCCAUAAUUAUCAGAUGAGAGUACUGGCUUUAGGAAUGAGAAUAAGAGUAGCUGCAUGUUCAUUGAUCUACAGGAAAGCUUUAAAAUUAAGUAAAAGUUCUUUAGCAGAGACAACUAUCGGCCAAAUGGUGAACUUGUUGUCCAAUGACGUUAGUAGAUUCGAUUUCAGUGCACAAUUUAUACACCUCAUAUGGUUGGCGCCUACAGAAACAGUCAUUGUUAUGUUUAUGUUAUAUUUAUAUGUUGGCCCCACUGGAUUGGUGGGAUGCAUGUUUUUGCUGAGCUUUAUUCCAUUCCAAAUGUAUAUGGCAAAAUUAACCUCGCAAUACAGACUAAAAACAGCAAUAAGAACGGAUGAACGUGUAAGAUUAAUGAACGAAAUAAUAUCAGGGGUACAAGUCAUCAAAAUGUACACAUGGGAAAAACCGUUUGCCAAAUUAGUCGAAUUCGUAAGACAGAAAGAAAUAUAUGAAAUCUAUCACACAUCUACAAUCAGAGCUAUAAUGAUGUCCUUCAACUUAACCAUGAGCAGAAACGCUAUAUUUUUUUGUGUACUGACAUUCGUAUUAACUGGAAACAGAUUAACAGCUUCGUACGCUUACACAGUCACAUCCUUUUACGGUUUCUUGAGAGUAGCAGUCACUCAACAAUUUCCACAAGCCGUAACACAAUUCGCUGAAACCAGAGUCUCAAUAUCGAGGAUUCAAAAGUUUCUGAUGUACGAAGAAUUAAAGAGAAAUACAAAUAUCUUACCGCACAUAAUGAAUGGAGUCAGCGAAAAACAAAAACUGGAAGUAGAAAACAAAAAAGAAGCAGGAAUUAAGUUAAAAAACGUAGCUGUUAAAUGGACGAAAUCUCAACAGGAUAAUACAUUGGAAGGUAUCAAUUUUGAAGCUAUGUCUAGUCAGUUGGUAGCAGUUGUUGGUCCGGUGGGUGGUGGAAAAUCUACUCUUUUACAUGUUAUUUUAAAGGAGUUGGUACCCAUUGAAGGUUCUGUAGAAGUUAGAGGGUCAGUAUCAUACGCCUCCCAAGAACCGUGGUUAUUUGGCGGCAGUGUUAGACAGAACAUACUUUUCGGAAAUGAUUACGAUGAAGACAGAUAUGCUGAGGUCAUCAAAGUAUGCGCAUUAGAAAGAGAUUUAACUUUAUUUCCGCGUGGUGAUCGUACCUUAGUUGGAGAAAGAGGCGUUACUCUAAGCGGAGGACAAAGAGCUAGAGUCAAUUUAGCUAGAGCUAUUUACAAACAGUCCGAUAUCUACCUACUAGAUGAUCCAUUAUCUGCAGUCGAUACUCACGUUGGCAAACAGCUUUUUAAAGAAUGCAUUACUGGAUACUUAAAGAGCAAAUGUGUUAUUCUAGUCACACACCAGCUUCAAUACCUACGCCCAGCUAAUUGUAUCUAUUUACUGGAAUCUGGUAAGGUUCAGGCAUCCGGUACCUACCAAGCUCUAAAGAAGUCAGACAGUUCUUUCACAAAGCUAUUAGCUUCGUCUGAGGAUGAAGAUAAAAAACAGGACAUUAAGAAAUUUCCAAGAAUCGAAUCUGUUGCGUCCGAUAUGGAAUCACUUGCUGAAGAAGAGGUUGUGGAGCUGAAGAAAGAAGAAAGAGCUACAGGAAAAAUAUCCGGCAGGGUGUAUAGAAAUUAUUUCAAAGCUGGAGGGAACAUUUUGAAGACGGUCGCAUUACUCUCUACUUUCGCAGCUGCACAAGUUUUUGGAAGCUUGUCUGAUAUUUUUCUUACCACUUGGGUUAACGCAGAACAAUGGAGAGUAGAACACAAUGCCUCGAAACUAUUUCUAAACCAAUCAUCAAACGAUUCAGUAUUGACAAUUUCAGAUGACAGCAAUCAGGCGUUUUGGAGUAAACUGUUAACAAACAAUAACGCGUUGAUAAUAUACAGUAUUUUGAUUGUUUGUACGGCAUUUUUGGCUGUUACUAGAUCUAUUUGGUUUUUCAGAUAUUGCCUAACGGCUUCUACUAAAAUGCAUAACCAGAUGUUUGGUAAACUUGUGUAUUCACCAAUGUUGUUUUUCAAUACCAAUCCGAUUGGUAGAAUAUUGAAUAGAUUUUCUAAAGAUAUCGGCGCUUUGGAUGAAACAUUGCCGAACUGUUUGGUUGACACUAUUGGGAUUGGACUUAUUGUAACUGGAACUAUUUGUGUCAUAGCAACUGUAAAUCCUUGGAUUCUCCUACCGACUGGAGUGAUUUUAAUUAUAUUUUAUUACAUCAGAAGAGCUUUUCUAGCUUCGAGUAGACAAAUUAAAAGAGUUGAAGCAGUAGCGAGAAGUCCUAUCUUCACCCAUCUGGCAGCUUCUUUGCAAGGACUUACAACAAUUAGAGCGUUUAGAGCUGAACAAAUACUAACCAAAGAAUUUGAUCAUUUUCAAGAUGAUUACUCUUCGGCAUACUACAUGUUUUUAACUAUCAAUAGGGGUUUCGGAUUUUGGUUGGAUCUUCAUUGCAUCGUAUUCAUAGGAUUGGUCGUUAUUAGUAUCUUAUUCAUACAGUCAGAGUCUUUCGGCGGUAACGUAGGUCUAUCUCUAACUCAAGCCAUUACCCUCUCAGGAAUGUUCCAAUGGGGUAUGAGACAGUGGAGUGAGCUGGAAAACCAAAUGACUUCCGUAGAAAGAGUGCAAGAAUACGCGGAUCUGCCAAUAGAGAAAGACAGCAUCAGAGAUGACACUCCUCCAAAUUGGCCUAAUUUAGGAGCUAUAAAAUUCAACAAGAUGUGUCUUAAAUACUCUCAGGAUGAUCCUUACGUUCUUAAAAAUUUGAAUUUAGAAAUAAAUCCGAAAGAAAAAAUCGGGAUAGUCGGUAGAACUGGAGCUGGGAAGAGUUCUUUAAUCCAGGCGUUGUUUAGAUUGGCUGACAUUGAUGGAAAUAUAGUUAUCGAUGAUGUAGAUACCAAAAAUGUUAAAUUAGAGGUACUAAGAUCGAAUAUAUCGAUUAUUCCGCAAGAGCCUGUUUUGUUUUCUGGUACGUUGAGAAAAAAUUUAGAUCCAUUUGAUGAGCAUAGAGAUGAAAUUUUGUGGGACGCUUUAGACGAAGUGGAGCUGAAACACGCAGUGGACGAAUUACCAGCAGGACUAGACAGUAAGAUGGCGGAAGGCGGUUCAAAUUUUAGCGUUGGACAAAGACAGCUAGUGUGUUUAGCCAGAGCUAUAGUUAGAAGAAACCGAAUUUUAGUGCUGGAUGAAGCUACGGCUAACGUAGAUCCAAUGACAGACGCUAUCAUCCAAAACACCAUCAGAGAUAAGUUUGCUAACUGUACAGUACUAACUAUAGCCCACAGAUUGCAUACCGUGAUGGAUUCCGAUAAAGUUUUGGUGAUGGAUGCUGGACAAGCAGUGGAAUUUGAUCAUCCAUACAGUCUGUUAGAGAAGAAAGGCGUUUUUUACAGCUUGGUCAAGAAGACCGGCAGUACUAUGGCCGCUAACUUGCAUGCUAUAGCUGAGGAAAGUUUUAAGAAAAUACUCCAAAAGGGGCAGCGAGAUACUUAAAAUUUUAGAUAAGAUAAUAAUAAAUUGUG